CGGGACGAGCUGGCCGGGCUGGCGGGCGGGCGGGUGCGGGGCGGCAGCUGGCGGCGGCGGCAUGGAGCGGAGGUGGGUCUUCGUGCUGCUCGACGUGCUGUGUCUGCUGAUCGCUGCUCUGCCCUUCACCAUCCUGACCCUGGUGAACACCCCGUACAAGCGAGGCUUUUACUGUGGGGAUGAGUCCAUCAGCUACCCCUACCGCCCAGACACCAUCACCCACGGGCUCAUGGCCGGUGUCACCAUUACGGCCACCGUCGUCCUUGUCUCCACGGGGGAAGCCUACCUCGUCUACACGGACCGCCUCUACUCCCGCUCUGACUUCAACAACUACGUGGCCGCCGUCUACAAGGUGCUGGGGACCUUCCUGUUUGGGGCAGCUGUGAGCCAGUCGCUGACUGACCUGGCCAAGUACAUGAUCGGCCGCCUGCGGCCCAGCUUCCUGGCCAUCUGCAACCCCGACUGGAGCCGGGUCAACUGCUCGGCUUAUGUGCAGCUGGAUGUGUGCAGGGGCAGCCUCACCAAUGUCACUGAGGCCAGGCUGUCCUUCUACUCGGGGCACUCCUCCUUCGGGAUGUACUGCAUGAUGUUCUUGGCGCUUUACGUGCAGGCCCGGCUCUGCUGGAAGUGGGCGCGGCUGCUGCGGCCCACGGUCCAGUUCUUCUUGGUGACCUUCGCCUUCUAUGUGGGCUACACCCGCGUGUCUGACUACAAACACCACUGGAGCGACGUCUUAGUCGGGCUCCUGCAGGGGGCGCUAGUGGCCAGCCUCACUGUCCGGUACAUCUCAGACUUCUUCAAAGCCCGGCCCCCCCAGUCCUGCCUGGAGGAGGAGGGCGGGGAGGUGACACGCAAGCCCAGCCUGUCGCUGACCCUGGCCCUUGGCGAGGCUGAGCGCAACCACUAUGGGUUCCCAGGGUCUUCCUCCUGAGCUGGGGCCACAGGCCAGCGUGCUCAUGGUCCCUCCGCCUUCAUGGUGGGCAGUUCGGGCUGCAGGUGGGCCCAGGUCCCUGCUGAUUGCAGUGGCAAGUGGAACCCCCUGCCCCACCUUUCUGGGCCAGGAUCUGCCUGGCCAGCCCUCCUGCUGCUGUGGGGUCGGGGCCUCCCGGGAAUGGACUGGUGUUGCUUCUGCAGGGUACAAUGUGCCUGUGGGUUUCUGUAUAGUCCCAGAGCACCAGGGUCAGCCAGGGACCUGCACACAAGGGCCUGUGGGUGGUGGCCCGGAGCUCAUGGAGCGUGGAAGUGAGCGAGGUCACGUCCAGCGCAGUGCAGCUACACUGAGGACCACGGUGACCCCUGUGGCCCCGACCCUCCUACUGCCGUGCAGACUCGAGCACUUAGCCACACUUCUGAAGCAGGUGCCAGGGGUUGUUGUCCCCCAGCUGUGCCAGAACUUUAAGGCUUACGUUUUCAGUGAGUGGGUGAGCCAUAAACUUAUUUUUUACCAAGUACA